GGCCGAGACGUCACGUGACGGCUCCGUUGCCUACGUCACGUGAUACGGGUUACGUAGCUCACGCAGAUGUGUCGGUUUCUCAGGUUUCAUUUCGUCCAGAGCUGUGAUAGGACCCCCAGGGAGAAUGGAUGGGUUUUCUCUGAGCCUUACAGAGGCAGUGUGCCUUGGGGCCAGCUUAGGCCUCUCAGGCGUCUUCUUCUAUCUACACAAACAAAGCCGGAAAACUGUCAAAAAACUUGAAAACGCUCCACACCUGAGUAUAGAUGGAAAACUCAAAGACCUUUUGAACGUCACUCCUGGGGGCUGCCUGCAGUAUGUUGUGGUUGAAGGUACGGUUAAACCAGUGGACGAGCCUCUGAAGAGCCAGUUUCACAAAGAGAUUUCUGGCGUGUUGCAAAAAUUUACAAUAAAGGAGCACAGGCUGGUGUGGAGCAACAUUUCCCGCACAUGGAUGGAAUCAGAACGCAUCUUACACCAAAGAGUGAAUAUGGUGCCCUUUGUUCUGGUUGGAUCAGACCAGGCUGCCGUCAAAGUCCAGUCCCCUCUGCAAGCGGAUGGCGUGUACACAGAGAUUACCAAUGAGAAAUUUCAUCUGGCCAGUUAUGGUUUGGGAGAGCUUGUAGGAAUUUACCUCAGCGGAGAAAAGUCCAAAGGUCACCUGGAGAUUGAAGAAAUGCUUAAGGUGGGCACCACUCUUACCGGCAUCGGCGAGUUGACCCUAGACACAGACGGCACUCUGACUCUUCGGCCCCCCUCUGAUAAUUCACCGUACUUCUUGAGCUUGGCAGACUUUGAGACCCUGCGAAAUGAAACGGACACCAUAGCCGUUUGGUGGAAGGUGCUGGCCGUCGUCUCUGCCUUGGCGGGGACAGCGGUCCUCUUCUGGGCUGGCCUACGCUUCUACCGCACCGUACAAGUUCGCUGGAAACAGGAGCGAGAAAUCAGGGAGUUUGCGCGGCAGCAGGCUGAAGCCGCAAGACUGCGUGCAAACAGAGCCAACGCAGAGGGUCCUCAGGAUGGAGCUAACAGCAAUCAUGUGGAGAACGUCUGCGUGAUCUGUCUCAGUGAACCAAGGGACUGCAUCCUGUUAGACUGUGCGCACGUGUGCUGCUGCUACGUCUGCUUCCAAGCCCUCCCGCAAAAAACGUGCCCCAUCUGUCGACAGAACAUUGUCCGGGUUCUGCCGUUCUACCAGCCGUAGCGCACCUGUGUGACCAUUUGACCCCAGCGCACUAAGGCUCUAAAAUAAAUCUGAGUUAAAAAGACUUACAAACUUCUUUUUUUUUUUUUUUCAUUUAGCGAGGUACGAUGUGAAACUGCACCUUCACCAACUCCCAUCUCCCAGGCUCAGAUUCCUCAGCUGAUUCCUCAUGUAAAGCAGAUCACUGCUUUAUAUCAGAGGAAAUUGACAGCAGCAAAUGGAUAAAAUUGUGCACCUCACCCUUUUCCCACAGUGCUACUAAAAGCAAACAUUUAUUUCAUUAGUCCCCUGGUCUUAUCUAUCGAUUGUUCCCUUCAGGCUGUUCCACUAGCCCUGAAAACUGCCAUUAUCAAACCUCUUCUCCAAAAAAAAAAAAGCCACCCUCAAUGCAGAAAAGCUUAAGACAUACAGGCCUAUUGAGAACUUUCAGUUCUUGUCUAAAGUUUUGGAAAAGGUCAUUGCAGCAUGCCUAGAUGACCACCUUGCUGUCAUGAGAAAUUCAAGUCAGGCUUUUGCAGAGAAACAGCAGUGGUUAGGGUCCCAAACGACCUCAUGAUGGGGACUGAUGCUGAGUCCCUCCCUGCUGACCCCCAUAGACCUGACAGCAGCAUUUGCCACAGUGGACCAUGGCAGUCUACUCCGUCAGCUUCAAUACACCACAGGCUGACUAACGCAGCUCUGGAUUGGUUUCGCUCAUGUCUUCUGAGAGAUCAGAAUCUCCAUUGGGGAAGCCAGUCCACUGCUGGGUCCCUCAGGGCUUAGUCCUUGGCCCCACUUUGUUCGGCCUUUACAUCGUCAGUAUCCGCUCUCACCACCUGCAUUGAGGAGUUAAGAGCAUGGAUGAACUCCAGUUUUCCGUGACUAAACAUCUUCAAACUCAAUUACUGCAAUGCAUUUUUAGACAGAGCACCAACCAACCAUCCAUCCAUCCAUCCAUUUUCUGACUCGCUUAUCCAUCAUGGGGUCGCGAGGGGUGCUGGAGAGCACCAACCAAACUCAUCCAGAAAAGUCAGUACAAAACAUCCCUCCCCUGGGUACCGCUACCACUGUGGAUAGAAUACAAGGUGCCCCUGCUUACCCACCACUGCUCCAUCCUACCUCAGUCAUCAACUUGGUUCGAAGAAACCCACACCGUCUCCAUCCCCCCCUGGACUCAACUCUACACCAUGGGCGACGUUGCCUUCUGCUCUUCCUCACCUCGUAUCUGAAACGCUCUACCCAACUAACUGAGCCACAGACUGUGGAGCAUUUUAAGAAAGAACUGAAAACUCUUUUUUUUUAAAAGUGCUAUAGCCUUUAAAUUAUUUUUUUUCAAUGUGCUGCUUUUAGGGAUUGUUUGUCUUUUUCUCACUUUUGACCUCCUGUAGCACUUGCAAAAUCUUACAAACCCGAGAUUGUAAAAUUCAAAGUGCGUUAGCAAAAAUAUAUUAUUACUAUAACUGCUUGUGACAAGAAGAUUGAAAAACCUGGGCAUUUUUUUUAGCAAUAAAGAUGUUUAUUUUUGGUAAAUGUGCCUUAUGAAGAAAAGAAGGCUGCUGCUGUAUCAGUGUUAGAACUGUGCUGUAUACGUUUGGUUUUAACCUGAUUAAAAACAAUAAAGGUUUUACUGUUGUAGUUAGAA